UCUGGCAUACAAACAUCUGAUUUAUUUAAGGUGGGUAAUCUGUUGGCUCUUGGUCUAUUGGGUGGUACUUGUAUUUUCCAUUACGGUAUGCUACUUUGGUACUUGAGAAAGUCCUCUAAGACAAAACCAUGUGACCCUUUAUGUGACCUUCUCUCCCAGCUGGGUCAUAUGACCCCAUCUUGUUUCCGGAGUCCACCAAUAAUUUAAAUUGCCAAUUGUUUCUUUACAUAUUCUUUGAUCUAUAUAUAUUCAUGGCUGUGAGCAUUUAGAACAAACACAAGGAAAAGAAAAAUAUUCAACUUUCAAACACUUAGUUCUUAUUUUCAAGUCUUCCUUAGACUAUUAUUCUCCUCUCAAGUUUUAACACAUACAACAAUGGGUUUUCGUUUAACCGGUAUCAAAAAGGCAUUACUUGCUGCAAACCGAGCAUCUUCAAAAGCUGUGGACGUGCCAAAGGGCUAUCUUGCAGUGUAUGUUGGAGAGAAACUGAAGCGGUGUGUGAUCCCCAUAUCAUACUUGAACCAACCUUCAUUUCAAGACUUGCUGAGUCAAGCUGAGGAAGAGUUUGGAUAUGAUCAUCCCAUGGGUGGUCUCAUGAUUCCUUGCAGCGAAGAUGUCUUCCAACAUAUGACUUCUCACCUGAAUAGGCUAUGAAUCUUAAUUCUAACACUGCAGGAGACUGACACAGAUUAGUAGAGACAGUUUUGUACAUUUAGGCAUCUUCUCAAUUUGUAAAGAUUCCCUUUCUCUUGAAAUUUUGAAAAAAGACUAAUCAGAAUGACGAAUUUUUGGAGUUUAUGUUUUUGGUGUAUUGACAAUGAAUUCAACUACU